GAUUUUCAUACUUUUGGCCUUGGUGGAUUCCACAGCGAGGAUCACCACGACGCUUAUCCUCAUCCCUAUGGCUAUGAAUGCGAUCCAACCACACUAGAGGGCUUUCUUGAUCCGGCGACGUAUGCCGCUAGGUUCCGUGAGGAAGUGGUCCUUUCGAGAAGCCGUAGAAAUUCCC